GGUUCCCUUAGAAGAGGUUCUUGUCUUGUGUUCAGACAUCUCCUCUGACAGGUGGAGCUUCCAGACCUUCUCUGACAGGUGGAGCUUCCAGAGGUGUGAGUGAAUGAUGAACAUCCAGAUGUUUCCCUGCAGUCCAACCUUCUCUUCUUUCAGUCUUCUGCCUGAUGCAUAAAUCCAGCUGUUGAGCUGAUGUUGGUUCUUCAAACUAGACUGAGGAACCAGGAAGAUGGAGGAGACCCCUGGUCCCCAGAGUCCAGGAGAUGCUGUCUAGCUGUAGGGCUGCAAUUCAAUUCAGUUUUAUUUAUAUAGCGCCAAUUGCAGUCAAAUUGUCUCCGGAAGCUUUCCAGAACCCAUAUGAACCCCCAGAGCAGAAAUAAGGAGACAGAGGCAGAAAAACAGCCUUUAACAGGAAGAAACCUGGAGCAGAACCUGGAUCUUUAUGUGGGGGAACCAUCUGCUGCUGGAAGGAGGCAGAGAGGAGGAGGGGAACAGGGAACAUAAAACACACAAUUUGAUACAUACAUGAUCAGACAGAUGAUACAAAGUAGAAGCUAACAUCUAAACUGAUUCCUAGUUUACUGUUCUGGUGUACAGCUCUGGUAAUAAAUCUACGACAAAAAUAGAUAAUGCAGAGUUAAACCAUCAUGAAUCGCAUCCGGCUGGUCUCUACGUUUAAACCUGUCGACUCAGUGAAGGUUCUCCAACCUGCACUGGGUUCUCCUCUCACAGAGAACAUGAAUAGAAUCAUUUUAGAACACGUUCUCUUUUCAAAGUAAUUCGGCUGCUCGCUACUGAGGUGAGGAGGUGGGAGGUCCACCCAGUGGUGAAGAAGUUCAGCUGGAGCUUUGCUUUAGAGCAGGAAAGUCAUAUUCUUCUUAGUCCAGGUUCCACAUCCAGUCUGAUCUCCAGUAGAACCAGUAGAACCACAGCAGAAUAACCCAUAAAGAACCACAGCUCCCAAUGGUUCCUUUGUUUUAGUGCAGAAAUGUUCACAUUCAAGGAAUUAUCUUUUUACUAAGCAUCAUGAACAACCUGAAAUUUAUGAAGAAAAAUAAAUUUGGUUGAUCAUUUCCACAUUAAAACCUACAGAUCAGAGUGUUGGCAAAGAAACAACAUUUAUUCACCUGGAACUGAGGAUUUACUGGAGGAUCAAAACCACAAAAAACAAACAAAAAAUUACAAAAAUGAGACACAAAAGAACAAAGAACAAUCUACUAUUUUACUGUAUGAUCUAAACAGCUUGUCAUGGUCUAGAAAUGAUUUUAAAUUUAUAGUUUUAAUAAUUUACAAUCUGCAGUUAAUGUCUUCUCUGUCAUUUUUACACUUUGAGGGCCGGAUUGGACCCUCUAGAGGACCGCUUUUGGCCCACAGGCCUCAUGUUGGACCCUCUGGAGGACCACUUUUGGUCCACGGGCCUCAUGUUGGACCCUCUGGAGGACCACUUUUGGACCACGGGCCUCAUGUUGGACCCCCUGGAGGACCACUUUUGGUCCACGGGCCUCAUGUUGGACCCUCUGGAGGACCACUUUUGGUCCACGGGCCUCAUGUUGGACCCUCUGGAGGACCGCUUUUGGCCCACGGGCCUCAUGUUGGACCCCCUGGAGGACCACUUUUGGUCCACGGGCCUCAUGUUGGACCCUCUGGAGGACCACUUUUGGUCCACGGGCCUCAUGUUGGACCCCCUGGAGGACCACUUUUGGUCCACGGGCCUCAUGUUGGACCCUCUGGAGGACCACUUUUGGCCCACGGGCCUCAUGUUGGACCCUCUGGAGGACCGCUUUUGGCCCACGGGCCUCAUGUUGGACCCUCUAAUUCAGGUUUCUAAAGAUUUUCCUUCCUCAGGUCCAGCUGCUGGUUUAGAUCCAGGUCUUCAUUCUCUCUAAACCAUGAAUCAGAGCUGCUGGUCAGAUCUCCAUCAUGAAGAAGCUGCUCCAGAUCUACAGAAACAUCUCUGAUAGUUUAGAAUCAUCACUGGCUGUGGGUAAAUUCAUUAACUGAAGGUUUCUUUCGGGUCUCCUUCUGAUCCUGGUCUUCUCCAUUCAGACAGAAUAAACUGAACUCUUCCACUGAAUGAGUCAAAGUGUUUUUGUGUUUUACUGUGAGGACUCAAACGCACCGUCAGGAGUCGUUCCUUUAAUGUUCCUCCGUCGACCAUCAGUGAUGCUCAGAGAUCAUCCUGGAUGUGGUCAUGUCGCUCUGAUGACACGUUUAAAACCUCAACAAUAAUCUGACGUCCACAUGCUGGUCUGAUCGGUUCUCUGCAGUAGAUGCUUGUUCCAGAUGUUCAGAUCUACUCACUGAAUGGACCACAGACCUGCUGGACCUCCAUCACCGGCACACUUACUCUGGUGAUUCAUCAUCUGGUGAAGAGUUUUCCUUUCUGAAUUUCUCUCCUAAAACAUUGAAAUGCUGUGAAAUCCCUUUUAUAAAAACACAGGAUUAUGACCUGAACACCAAGUCCCAGAGGUUCCUUCUCUCCACUGGACAACAUGUCUGCUUGUUUGAAAAUAUCAAUAAAAUGACAUAAAUAGAUGGAACACAGAUGUGUACUGUAACUAAAGAUCUACUGAAUGUAAAGAUUUUUAGGUCAAAUUCUGUGUAAACAGUAGUAUAUGUAAUAUAGUGAUCAAUACUGUGACAUAAUCUACUCCUAACAGUUUAUUUUGUUAUAAUCACAAGCGUUCGAGGGUGAUUUUACAGUUUUAUCUCUUAUUUUAGAGGUGUCCAUGUGUUUAAUAUUAAAGGUCUGAUUAAAGAUCAUUUUUUUUAUUAAGUGACAUUUAAAAACUCAUUAAACUUCUACAAUUCUACAAUUCUACAGUUUCAUUUAGGAGACGCUUUGGUCCAAAGCGACGUACAACACAAGCAAGAAUUCAGACAUAAGGAAAAACCUGUAGUAAGUGCAAAAAGUGCAAAAAGUGCUUCAAGUGCGAUUGGUCAAAGGUGUUGCCAUCAAGUUGCAGAAGAAUUGCCAACCACCACCCCCUUUUUUUUUCAAACUUUGUCAGCGCUAAAUAAGUGCUGGGUUUUGGACCACCUGACUUAUUCUACCCCUAAGGUGGAGUCAGAUUAAGUGCCUAGGUGUUCUCUGAACAAUUGAGUCUUCAAUUGUCUCUUAAAAGUAGAAAGGGACUCAGCAGAACGCACAGAGUUUGGUAGAUUGUUCCACCAUUUGGGAACAACAGAGGAGAAGAGUCUGGUUAGAGAUUUGGAGCCAUGUUGGGCUGGAAGCACCAGGCGUCUCUCACAUGCAGAGCGAAGUGGGCGUGAAGGGGAGUAGACCUGGAUCAGGGAAUCCAGGUAGGCUGGGGCCGUUCUUGUAAAUGUUUUGUCAGCCAGGAGGAGAGUUUUGAAUUUGAUUCUGGCUACAAAUGGAAGCCAGUGAAGGGAGAUGAACAGGGGAGUGGCAUGAGCUCUUUUGGGCUGGUUGAAGACCAGAUGUGCUGCUGCAUUCUGGAUCAUCUGUAGAGGUUUGACUGCACAUGCAGGGAGACCUGCCAGAAGAGAGUUGCAGUAGUCAAUGUGUGACAUCACAAGAGCCUGAACCAGAAGUUGUGUGGCCUGUUGGGUCAGGAAGGGUCUGAUCUUCCUGAUGUUGUAGAGGGCGUAACGACAAGAUCGAGAAACUGAGGCCACGUGAACCUUAAAGGUCAGCUGGUCAUCAAUCAUGACACCCAGGUUUCUGGCUGAGUUUGUGGGCACAAGUAGGCUCGAGUGAAGUUGGACACUGAUCUGAGGCUGAACAGAUGGACAAGCUGGAAAGACCGUGAGUUCAGUCUUAGACAGAUUUAGCUGAAGGUGCCGUUCCUUCAUUCAUGUGGAGAUAUCAGCCAGACAUGCUGAUAUCCGAGCUGAAACUGUUGUGUCGUCAGGUGGAAAAGAGAGGAAAAGCUGAGUGUCGUCAGAAUAACAGUGAUAGGAGAAGCCAUGGGAGCGGAUCACUGCACCAAGUGAGGCGGUGUACAGAGAGAAGAGUAAGGGACCAAGCACUGACCCCUGAGGAACCCCAGUUGAUAGGUCAUGUGACUUUGACACCUCCCCUCACCAUGACUCUCUGAAGGAUCUGCCUGUGAGGUAGGACUUGAACCACAACAGGACAGAACCUGAGAUGCCGAGCUCAGAGAGUGUGGAGAGGAGGAUUUGAUGGUUCACGGUGUCAAAGGCAGCAGACAAGUCCAGCAGCAGUAGGACAGAGGACUGACCAGCAGCUCUCACCAGCCGCAGAGAUUCUGUGACUGAUAGGAGUGCAGUCUCAGUGGAGUGGUCGCACCUGAAGCCUGACUGAAAAGGGUCAAGUGGGUUGUUGUUCCACAGAUGUUCAGAGACUUGGUUAAAUACUGAGCGCUCCAGUAUUUUUGACAGGAAUGGUAGAAGUGAGACUGGUCUGUAGUUUUCAACCUGGGCUGGGUUGAGAUGAGGCUUUUUGAGCAGUGGGGUGAUGCAGGCUUGUUUAAAAGUAGCAGGAAAAAUGGCAGUUUCCAGGGAGGAGUUGACAAUGUGGGUGAAUGCAGGUUUGAUUGUGGGCAAGACGGUCUGCAGGAUACUAGUGGGUAUUGGAUCGAGAGGACAUGUUGUAGGUUUUGAGCUCAGAAGAAGUCUGGAAACCUCAUCCUCGCUCAGAGGAGCAAACUUGAGAGAAGUUUCAUUUACCUGCAGAUUCUUGUAGUUUGAGGCUGCAUUACCAGUUUUACAACAAUAUUUGAGCUAUUUUUGCUCAUGACUUCCUCCAUAAAAUUAUUAAACUAGUAAAUGUUUUCAUAUUUUACCGCUAAUCUUGUUUUAGUAUAAAAGCUUUUUGUGUUUUUCGUAUUUGUUUGCUUUUGUAUGCUGUUUAUUUAUUUUUUAUGUUGUUGUCUUUGUGCUUCUCUUUUAUGAAAUUAAAGUUUCAAAAUCCAAAAUCAAACUUAAUGAUUUUUGUUGAUCGCCUUAUUUUAUUUUGAUAGCCAGACACCAAAUCGGAAGCAGAAUUGCCGUUCCUCUACAAAGUACUUUAUUGUGAAGGGGCAGACCGGAUCCGUCCCUAUUCCGCGGUGCUGCCUUGACGCAUGCGCCGCUGCGGCCGUACGGCGGCUCGCAGGGCUCAGUCCGCGCCGCGCCGCCGCUGCUGGGACGAUGGGAGACGUUCUGUGCGAAGAGCUCGAGGAUUUAGUUCACUUCACGGUGACUGACCUGCCGGCACGAGGCUAUGUCGUCAUGGAGGAGAUCCGACGUCAGGGGAAACUCUGUGAUGUCACGCUCAAGGUGGGGGAUCAUAAGUUCAGCGCUCAUCGGAUCGUCCUGGCGGCUUCCAUCCCGUACUUCCACGCCAUGUUCACCAACGACAUGGUGGAGUGUAAACAGGACGAGAUCCUGAUGCAGGGAAUGGACCCCAGUGCUCUGGAGGCUCUCAUUAACUUUGCGUACAGCGGCCAUGUUGCCAUCGACCAGCAGAACGUCCAGUCUCUCCUGAUUGGUUCCAGCUUCCUGCAGCUGCAGAACGUGAAGGACGCCUGCUGCUCCUUCCUGCAGGAGAGGUUGCACCCUAAGAACUGUCUGGGAGUGCGUCAGUUCGCUGAGACCAUGAUGUGCACGACGCUGUACGACUCGGCCAGCAGCUUCCUGCACCAGCACUUCGUAGACGUGUCGCUGUCCGAGGAGUUCCUGGGGCUGAGGACCGAGGAGCUGCUGGAGCUGGUGGGCUGUGACGAGCUCAAUGUGAAGGCCGAGGAGCAGGUGUUUGAGGCGGUGCUGGCCUGGGUCCAUCAUGACCGGGACCAGAGGGAGAUGCUGCUUCCAGAGCUGCUGUCGAAGAUCCGGCUUCCUCUGUGUCGACCUCAGUUCCUGUCGGACCGAGUGCAGCAGGACGAUCUGGUUCGCUGCUGCCACAAGUGCAGAGAUCUGGUGGACGAAGCCAAAGAUUUCCACCUGAUGCCAGACCGCCGGCCUCACCUACCCGCCUUCAAAAUCCGACAGAGGUGCUGCACGUCCAUCACAGGACUCAUUUACGCCGUGGGAGGACUCAACAGCUCAGGUGACUCUCUGAAUGUGGUCGAGGUGUUCGAUCCAAUCGGUAACUUCUGGGAGCGCUGUCAGCCAAUGAGGAUGACUCGCAGCAGAGUGGGUGUGGCUGUCGUCAAUGGCCUGCUGUACGCCAUUGGUGGUUACGACGGCCAAUCACGGCUCAGCACGGUGGAGGUUUACAACCCAGAGACAGACAGCUGGACGCGAGUGUCAAGCAUGAACAGCCAGCGCAGCGCCAUGGGGACCGUGGUGAUUGACGGACACAUCUACGUGUGCGGCGGCUACGACGGGAAAUCGUCUCUGAACUCAGUGGAGCGUUACGCACCUGAGACGGACAGGUGGACGGUGGUGGCGGAGAUGAGCGCCAGUCGCAGCGCUGCCGGAGUGACGGUGUUUGAUGGGAGGAUCUUCGUGUCCGGAGGCCACGAUGGUCUGCAGAUCUUCAACACGGUGGAGUACUACAACCACCACACCAACCGCUGGCACCCGGCGGCGCCGAUGCUCAACAAGCGCUGUCGUCAUGGCGCGGCGGCGCUGGGCAGCCACAUGUACGUUGCGGGGGGCUACGACGGCUCAGGCUUCCUGAGUGGCGCCGAGGUGUUCAGCUCCACCUCCGGCCAGUGGAGCCUCCUGGUGGCCAUGAACACGCGGCGCAGUCGGGUGUCUCUGGUGUCCACGUCGGGGCGUCUGUACGCGGUGGGCGGCUACGACGGACAGUCCAACCUCAGCUCUGUGGAGAUGUACAACCCCGACACCAACCGCUGGACCUUCAUGGCCCCCAUGGUCUGCCACGAGGGCGGCGUGGGCGUCGGCUGCAUCCCCCUGCAGCCCGCCUAAAACGGCCAAUCAGGGCCGAGGAUCAAUGCGUUACUGACGCUGGCGGGCAGGGGGCGGCACCCCCGACAGCGUCCACUGAGCUUUAUCGGUACGACGGCCCGGCUCGGACCUGCACGCUGACGCUGGGCUGUGGGAUUCUGGGAAACUGUAGGCCGGCCCGCCCAGGCUAGCUUUUAGCAUUGUGCUGUUAGCGGUGGACUGAUCCAUGUCCAGGAUUUUCUACCUUAUCAAACCAACAAAGCUGCUGACUUAAAGACGAUGACCACUCUGAUCGGUUUUCUGGGACCGUUUUAUCGAUACGCAGCGCUGCCGACACCUGAAGAUGUCACAGCAGAGAGCAGGGCAGCAGCGCCUCCUGCAGGCUGCACAGCUUAGCACACCUGCUCAGUCAGAGUUUGUCCUGUAGGAGGCGCUGCAGGAAGUUUCACUCACCUCUGGAGUCCACAGUGUUCACUGUCAGAGUUCCACGGUUGGUUCAGGGUCCACUGGACCUUUAAACAUGAAGAAGAAGAAAGCUCCAGAUGAGAUGCUAGUUUUCAUGAACUCUUUCUGUUGAGACCGUUUCCAAGGGAAGCAGACAGAACAAAAAUUGUUUAGAGAAAGGAGCAUUUUAGAAGGAAUGAACCUUUAAAACCUUAAAGUUCCUUACUUUAGAUCAUACUG